AUGUCCAAAAUUUUCGCGAAACUUUGCGGAAGGCUCCUCUUAGCCGGGGGCGUGGUCGUUCAUUUUGACGACAAAGCCCGGGUCGCUGCGGUUUUGCUGAAGGUUCUUCUAGAGCGACGUCGCGUGUUGAGCGAACGUCCCGGUCGUGGCAGGCGUCGUGGUCGUGCUGGCGCAGGCGGUGGCCAACAUGGUGAUGCAGGCGAUGAUCCGCCUGGUGGCGCAGCCCCUGCUGGUCACGGAGACGGUGGUGCUGGCAGCGAGAAUGCGGUUGCCCCCGCGCCGGAAUCGCCCGAUUACAAGCUGCCGGCGGUCUUGCUCGCGUUUGACCGCUUGUCAAAACUGCCCAGGAGCCCGACUGACAAGCUCGCGAAAACGCUCGAUAUCUUUAUGCCGCAGAUGGGGGGACUCGGGCUACCCAAAAAGAGGCCGAUCAUGGACAACAUUGCCGCACACUUGACGGGUGGUCCCGUGCGGGUUGACAAGCAGAUAGGGGAAGAUCCAGUUCGGUACGAGCGAGGAUUUGAGUACAAGCCCGGAGUCCUUCUACCGGCGGUUUUGGCAGCCCGUCGGGGCUCAAUAGACACAUCAAGCCUACGGGCCCAUUCCAAUGCCUUUUUUGUCGCACUGGCCGAAGCCGAGGCACGAGUAUCAGCCUCCGAGGCUCAGGACCCUCAACUCGCUGCGUGGGAUUCCCUUCCCCCAGCGGCAUCUUGGCUGGAGCCGUUGCUGCGUGCGCGUUUGGACGGGGGCGACGCAGUGGAGGAUGUCACGCAUUGGGACGUGUACAGAGCGGUCAAAAAGCACAUCAAUCGCGACGAGGCCCAAACGCAAAUCGGGCCAAUGGAAUUCUUCGAAGACGCUGAUCUUCUCGCUUUAUAUGGAGGGCGUACGCGGAAGCCGUCAAUUUGCCCGUCGCAACCAACAACACUCUGGGCGCGAAUUGUCGAGAGCAGAAAAAAGGCAGGGCAAAACAGCAUCCAUCGGAAACUGGAGGGAAAGCAAAAAGAUACGGUGGACUACCUGCAGCAGACCGUACCGACGAACGCUUUUCCAGCUAUGGGCUACCUCGACACCGAAGCAGUCUGGGGUAUCAGUGCCGACUACUUUCUUGAAGACGCGGAAGAAAGGGCGGCGACUGCGGAAGAUGACCAGGAAAGAGGUGGACCAUUUCGGCGGAUCACUCGUUUUCAAUGUCGCACAACCAAGCUCCGCCUUCGUGCGUUCCGGGGGCCGCUCUUGACUCAUACCCUGGACAUUUUCUUCUAUGACGACCGGCAGCUGGUUUCGAAGGACCCCACGGGGAGGAGCCUGAUUAAAAUCACAAUCGAUCUCCGCACGGAGGAGGCCUUCGAGAGUCCGGAAGAGGAAACGCGCGCGCAGGAGAAAGCGGGAGAAGCUCGUAAGCGAGUAGCUAGGCUGAAAGAGACGGGCUCGCCCAAGGACGUUCCUCCUCUCAAUGUCAAUAACGGAGACGUGAAGUUUGCCGCGUCGAAAUACACGAUUUACACCGGAGUGCGACCAAUACCAGCAUAGGCAUGAUCCAAACCAAUACCAACCUCUUGGGUGGCAAGGGACAGAGCUUACUAGUACCAUAGCCAUGUAGUUGUAGUCUACACGAGCAGGCAAGAACAAGAAGCAGCAGGCCCUGCUCACAUGGCGGUGCAAUGUGCUAAUCGAAUUCUUCUGCGCUACUAGUUCUACAGAAGAUUGAUAGCUGCGUUCAACAGAAGUGUCCAC